GCUACACAACGCGAAGUUUUAAAAAAUAACUUUGUGAUAUCGCUUUUGCAAUUUUUUCUUUUUUCGUGUAGAAAAUGGAAUUUUUCUAGUUUUACCGAGGAUGUCAGUGCUGAGCCUCGUGCCAGAAGAUAAACAACGACAAAGGAAUUCUCUCGAGAGCGUUUACAGCAGCAACUCGCGCCUCAAUCUGCUGCACAAGCGCAAACGCCUCCACCCUCUCGACAUGUCCAACCAGUCCCUCAACAAGGGGGACCGCUACGUCACGCAGCGAGUGCUGUCUGCCAAGACGCACAGGGUCAAACAGCUGCAGAACCAGUUGGCUGACGCACACUACCAUCUCCAAGAGCUCAGCAACGAAAAUCGAGUGUUACGUGCUCUUCAAAAGAAACAAGAAAUCGCUUUACAGAGAUACGAGAACUCAAACGCAGAGCUUCCCCAAGUUCUGAACUCCCACAACGAGGAGAUGCGUAUUCAGCAGAGCAAAUACAAGCAAAUCAAGCAGCAGUACAAAGAAGCGGCGCAGAAGCUCAAAGAAAGAGAUUUACAGCUGCAGCAGUUGAAGGACGAGCAUCAGCAUUUGCUGGACUUGAGCAAGGACAGGAAUCUCCUGGAACGCGAGAAGCUGCAAGCUCAAGUGAUGGAACUGACAGCAAAAGUGCAGCAACAGAAUGAAACUAUAAGCAUGCUGCAAAGACGCCUGGCUCUCGAGGCGAAGAACUUCAGGCACCAGCUGCAGGCUGAGAUCAACAAACAUAAGGACACCAGGCACGACCUGGAUCUUGCUAUUAAUAAUGCAGAUAAACUAUCCACUAUCAUUGAGAUGAAGGAAAAGAUGCUGAGCACAGCGGCGAGCAGAGUGGUUAAGUCUCCCACUAAGGGAGUCUCCGUCACCAACAUGGCGCGGCCGAUCAGCAAGAGUGGACGAGACGCUAGCAGAGGGAAUGACGACCGAACGAAUGUAAUGCAAUUGGAACAAAAUCUUCUAGCAAAACUGUGUGAGAACUCACGUAACGUAAGCAGUUCACUAUCACACGAGGAAGACACAAGUUCCUCCACCGAACCUCGCUCACGAUAUGUUUCUUCCCGAACUUCCACCAGCCAACGCACCACGCCGAGCCAAAACCAAAACCGAAACAGAAAAGACUCAAAGAGUCCAGACGAUAUGAUAGAACUCGCAAAAACCGUACAAGACGGAAUGGCUGACCUUACGAUCAUUGAUGAUGAUCUAACCCAUACAACUCCUGAAGAAAUGCAGAAAAAAAUGGAAGCUAUGAAAGCAGAACUGAUGAAGAAAAUAAAGAAUAACGAAGAACCAGGAUCGAGAAAGCCGAGUGCGUUGAGAAGGAAAUCUAUUGAAGAAGCCAUUGAAGAAAAAAUUGAAGAAGUUGUGAUAGAACGACCAAAGUCUAGAGGACGAAGAGGUUCUACUGUCUCUUUCUACGACAGUUCAAGUUCUGAAGUUAACGCAACUAGUACUGACGAAGGAGAGAAAAGAGAGAAAACGGUUUUAAGACGCGAGCUUAGCAUCACCGAAAAGAAAGUAGCAGGAAAACCAAUUGAAACAUACUGCAAAGAUAUAAUACAUGAUAUAGAGAAAAGCAGCAAAGUUAUUGAUAACCACAUGAAACAAUUCACUCAAACCAAGUUCAAUAGCGAUAAAUUGGUUGAACAGUUGCAAGUGGUUGAUAAAUUGAAUGAAUUUGUCAAUGGUGGAGGUGAUAUACCAACAGAAGCUUUCACUGAACUGAAUGAUAACUUCAAAUUGCUUACAGAACAGGCUUUCACCGUACCUCCUGUUGCAAGGAAACGCUCGGUUUCAAGUAGAAGAAAUUCUCGUGUUGAAUCCAGGACAAGCUUGCUUGGCGAUUCCAAUAUGAGUAAUCAGGAUAUGCUUGAAGAUUUGCUGGGGAAGAAAUGAUAUACGGCAUUAUUUAACGUGUAACUUUGGUGGCACGUUCGAACGGACUAUUUCAUCGGAUGGUGAUAAAAUAUAGUGAAUUAGAAUAUUUAUGAUCUGUUUCAUGAAUGGAACAGUCUAAAAGAGUAGACGUCUCUUAGUAACCUUAGAGAUUGUAUUUAGAACAAUUAGAGCUAUACUAAUACUUCGGUCCUUUAACUAUUUUCUAUUUGACCCCUACUAUUGGGCAAUAAUUUUUAAUUUUAUACCCACUUAAAUCUAUUUAUAUAAAGCGUAACUGACUGACUGACAUAUCGACCUUUAUAGCUUAAACCGCUGGAUUUAAAACCUUGAGUUUAAGUUUUUGACCCACCAAUUUUCUUUGGAACAUAAAGCUCCACUUAGAAAAGAUUUUCAGAACUUCUACACGAGCAAAGCCGGUAGAGUAAGCUUGUACACACUAUACUUAAACCACAGUACACUGGUACACCGUAUUUGUAUUUGUAUCAAUAUGAUGCCAUUCGAAAUACACUAAACCAAAGUUAGAUAGAAAAUGGUUUAUGGUCGAAUAAAACGAUUUCUAUAUUAGAUAUUUUUGUACACGAAUUAAAGUAGAAUAGAAAGCGUUCAUUCAGAAUUUACGCAUUAAAUCUUGCGAAGAAAUUGCGUUCAUAAAUUAUGUUGAAACAAUUAUUUGUUUAGUAUUAACAAACAUUUGCAUCGGUAUGUUUUACGAGGUUUAAAUGAUUGUGUUGUGUGUAUGUUGUAGUAAUUUAUGUAAAAUGGAUCUUUCUCGGUAAUUUGGUGAUUCACCUGGCCGUUGCAAUUGGCACGUACAGUUUCAAACUGGAAUCGCAAUCAGGGGUAUUCAAUUAUACUUUUACGGACUUUUUCAAUUCGUUAAAGAAUCGCCAGUGAUUCAGGGAGCAGAAAACUUUAUCUCUAUCAAUCUAUACCUUGUUCAGGAAAAAAUUACUUUGAAGUCUCUGAGCCUACUUCAAAGAUAUCCAAUAGAUACUGUACCGAAACUUUUAAUUUUUUAAGAUGUCUCAGUAUCUAAUGCAUCGUUUGGGUUCACUAAUGAUUGACAAAAAACAUAUAACAAAUGACCAUUUCACCAAAAACGUUUAAAAAACGAAUCACAAUUAAAGUCGUAUUCCGCAAAUAGGUAAUCAUUUUAGAAGAGAACACCACCUAAUAAGACAAACGCUGUGCUUUCCAGUUGGGACUCAACAUCUAUUGAAGAAUCGAUAUCUAUAGUCCCAACAUCCCCGACCAUUGCCAGUACAUAAGUACUAGGUUCCUAUUAUCAAUUCAAUAGAUAGUUUCCCAAGCAAUAGCUAUUUCAGUUUGUUAUUGCCUCGCCUCAGCCGAGCCGGGGAUUUUCACCUGUACCUAAUAUUUUACACGAUCGAUUGGAUUUGUAUUUAUCUGUGUGAUUGUGGAUUUGUAGCGUCGAGUUCUUUAUAUUUAUUGUUAUUCAAUGAUUUACCUAUGUGAAUGAGAUUAAAAUCUAUUUUUGUGGA